AUGUCACAGAACUAUUUGUUUCAAGUAUUGUCGUAUGCUCAAAAAAAUCACGUAAGUUUUUUUUUUGAAUUUUUGUUGAAAAAAAUAGAAAAUGUUUUAGCAACUCGGAAAUACUCUUCGUGGAAUCGGUUAUCAAACUGGAUAUGCGGCAGCUGGGGCAGGAAUUGGUGGAUUGACUGCUGGACCAUUUGGAGCAUUGAUUGGCACAAUUUUUGGAGCAGUUAUUGGCUAUAGAAAUUCAGAGGAUUAUGGGGUGAGUGUUUUGGGAAAAUUAGACUUUAUAAAAAAACACAUUUUUAUAAUUAUUAUGAAAUUCAAGUUCAUAGAUGUAUUAUUGAUAAUUGAAAUAUUUUUCAAGCAGAGAACAAUUUUUUAAAUUCUGAUUUUUUACCAAGUACCAAUAAUCAAAUAAAGAUCAAAAGUAUCACAGUUCACUGAUAUUUUUCCAUGAUUGCUCAUUCUAAUUCCAGAUUUUUUGGAAUAUGUUUAGUAGUGAGAACCUCGCAAAAAUUCAUAAACGAAGAAAAAUUAAAAAUCCUAUUUUUCAGAGCUUGAUGAAUAUUGUGCAAGGCAUGAGAAGUGAUGAGCAAGAGAAACUCGCAGCUGAAAUCCGAAAUCUUGUGGGUGCCACAACUUUCAACGAUUUCACCACAUGGUUCGCUAAUUUGGAUCAUCAACGACUUCUUAUGGAUUUGUUGUACGCGUUUAUUCGACAACAAUCAGGAUCGUCAUAA